AAGUGAGUGAAGUCAGGAGGAUGUCACUUUAACUUUUCAUUUUUUUUGGAUUUAAUUUUGCAUGUAAAUUUGAUUUUUUUUAGGGGGGGCACGAGAUUUUGUUGCUUUCUGGUCAGUUUACCUGCAAAGUUAGAUCUGUUCUGGAGAGUGUGAGUGUGUUUUUUAUGUGUGCAUGUGUGUGUGAUAUACUGCAGUAAGUAGCUAUGGAGCGGGAGUGUCUUGGCGGCAGCGGGGUUAAACCCGAGAGCGGCAACAUACGUCUCUUUAAGGUCGCGCUGGCCAUGUGUGUGUGUGUCUGCGCUGCUCUGCUGCUCGCACUCAUAUUGGUCGCUCAGAAAUCCAGUCAGGAGGAGUUCUGUCUGAGCCCAGAAUGCAUCGAAGCAGCGGGGUCCAUUCUGAGUAAAGUUGAUCAGUCCGUUAACCCUUGCGACGACUUCUAUACUUAUUCCUGUGGCGGUUGGUUAAAGGAGAACCCGAUCCCUGAAGAUUCCUCCUCGUAUGGCAUCUACCCCUGGCUGCGGCAGCACGUAGACAUCAAACUCAAAGAGUUAUUAGAAGCUCCUCUGGACCCUAAAGAACUGGAGGCAGUGACGAAGGCCAAGAUUCUCUACCGCUCCUGCAUGAACGAAUCUGUACUGGAGCAGGUGGACGCCAAACCGAUGCUGAAAACACUCAAACAGAGUGAGUUUCGGUGGCCCGUCGUGGGGGAAGGGCUCGGCGGGGACUAUCAGUGGUCGGUGGAGCACUGGAGCCUCCUGAAGACUCUGGCCGAGAUGAGGAACCAGCACAGUAAGAGCGUCCUGAUCCGACUGUACGUGUCCCCCGAUGACAAAAACUCCUCACACUACAUCAUCAAGCUCGAUCAGGCAUCCUUGUCUCUGCCCUCGAGGGAAGACUACACCACCAACUCUUCCUCUGCCCUGGCGUAUCGUGCCGCCUUGCUGAGUUUGAUGGUAGAUGUAGCCGUCAUGCUGGGCGCUCCAGAGAAAGCAGCGCUGACCCAGAUGGAACAGGCUCUCGCCUUCGAGACCAAACUGGCUCAUAUCCUGAUUCCCUAUGAGAACCGCACCAGUGAGAACAUGUACAACAAGAUGUCACUCUCUCGGCUGCAGCGCUCCAUACCAGGGUUUGAUUGGACCAGUUUUGUAAAAACUGUGGUGGAGUCCAAAGUCGAGCCGGUUCGAUCCAUCCACUCCUCUGAGCCCGUCAUCGUCAGAGCUCCGCACUACUUCAAGGAACUUGUAAAACUCAUUCAAAACACAGAUCCCAGGACUGUUGCUAACUACGUUCAGUGGAGGGCAGUUUUUUCCAGGAUCACCACUCUGAGCCGUCGUUUCCUGUACAGAUACCUGGACUAUGCUCGGGUGACCACAGGAACCACCUCUCUGACCCCGCGCUGGGACAAGUGUGUCAACUACGUGGAGAACUCGCUUGUUUAUGCCACCGGGCGCCUCUUUGUCAACACACACUUCCAGGAAGACAAGAAACACAUGAUGGAGGAGCUGAUCACAGGCAUUCGCUGGGCGUUCAUCGACAUGCUGGAGAAGGAGAACGACUGGAUGGAUGAACCAACGAAGAAGAGAGCAGUUGAGAAGGCUCAUGCAGUCUUGGCAAAGGUUGGCUACCCCGAGUUUAUUCUGAACGACACCUACCUCAAUGAAGAUUUAAAGCAGCUAGCGUUCAACGAGAAGGACUACUACGGGAACGUGAUGCAGACGUUGAAGUUCAUCGCCCAGUCUGAUAUCAGCUGGCUCCGAAAGAGCGUCCCGCGUACAGAGUGGUUUACUAACCCAACAACAGUGAACGCCUUCUACAGCUCGUCCACGAAUCAAAUCAGAUUCCCUGCCGGGGAGCUUCAAAAGCCUUUCUUUUGGGGAAAAGAGUAUCCAAGAUCUUUAAGUUACGGUGCCAUCGGGGUGAUAGUAGGACACGAGUUAACGCACGGCUUUGACAAUAACGGUCGCAAAUACGACAGCAACGGCAACCUCGACCAGUGGUGGAGCAACUCAUCCGUAACGGCCUUCAAUGAGAAGACCCAGUGUAUGAUUGACCAGUAUAACGAUUACCACUGGGAGGAGGCAGGCCUCAAUGUACGUGGGAAGAGGACCCUGGCAGAAAACAUAGCAGACAAUGGAGGAAUAAGAGAGGCUUUCAGGGCGUACAGGCGGUGGGUAGAUGAGAGCAGAGGUGGUGUGGAGGAGCCUCGGCUGCCUGGAGUCGGACUGAACAACAACCAGCUCUUCUUCCUGAGCUAUGCACAUGUGAGAUGUAACUCAUACAGACCAGAAGCAGCCAGGGACCAGAUCCAGAGUGGAGCUCACAGUCCACCGAAAUACAGAGUUAUCGGAGCGAUGAGCAACUAUGAGGAGUUUCGGAAAGUGUUCAGCUGUCCCGAGUCGUCGGUCAUGAACCGAGGUGAACAGUCCUGCCGGGUGUGGUGACCCCUGACGUCAGCUUGACCCCCUCGAAACCAGUCCAGAGCUGCCAGCAGGACAUCUGUUCAACAAAGGCUGAUAUUCCUGGACUUCGCCAGCGUAUUAACAUGUUGUGGGAAUAACAAAGCACAAUGAAGCUUCAGUUGUUCUCACAGAAAAAGAUGCAACCUGACAUAUAAGCAUGUCAGCUGUAAAAGCCUCUAUCAGCGGGCUUUUGUAUAGUGUUACUGCAACAAAGAUGCAUUCAGUUAGGACUGAAGACGUUUUCUUACGGACCAUAAUUUAUGGAUUAUAGAUAUUGUUGGGGGACAUUUUCCACCAGCCCUACAUGUGCUUUAAGUGUGACUUUAUUAAGCUAGAACCAUUCGUAUGGGAGCAAAACGUUUCUAUAUUAAUGUAAAAGUAGAGUAUUUUUACAGGAAACAGAUAUUUCAGAUGUUACGGUAACUGUCAGGUCAAUAUCUGUGUAUUUUAAUUAGCAGUUUUGAUGAAGAUGUAUUAAUGUUCAAGCAUAAGAAGAAGCAGAGUGAAAAAUGCAAAACUAGAAUACAACGUUUGAUAUUUUACAGUCUGAUUAUAUCUCAUGUUAAGUCUUAAAACCUCAUUUAUCUUUUUCCUUUUUUGAGGGGAAAAUAAUUGUGAACACUUGUAUCGUGCAAGAAAACUUAUAUCAACCUGCUGGUUUAUUUUUAAGACAUAAUGUGUAUUUUUUUGUGUUGUGUUUGUGUGUGUUCGCGCGUGUGUGUAUGUGGGGGGGGGGGUUUGCUUUGAUAUUCUCACUUUGUUUUACGUCUUUCUGUUUCGUGUCAGACAUUUAUAUUCAUUUCUCCUGCAGUUCUGCCUCGAGGCAAAUGGAACUUGCGGAAUUACAAGCACUCAAACUACAACAUGCACUCCGCUCCAUUUGUCUUUCUGUCUCCUUCGCCGAAGCGCUCUGCCGAGAGUGCACUCACGCGUCAGCUUUGUUUGAAAUACGUAACGUUGCUCUGAAAUAAAGGAUCGUGUUUUACAUGACAAGAUUUCAGAAUUUACGGUCGGACGAUGUGAAGGUCACGUCUUCUGAGGUGUUGUUCUAUCAGGAAUCAUCGUGAAAACACAACUGUUACUCCUGAAGCCAGUGUUCAGGUGAUGCUUUGUAGAUUAAAACGACUGACAACACAUU